CACAAUCACCACGCCUCCGUCCUCGUGCCCGCGACCAUCACUUCCAAAUCAAGAUGGCUGCCCACAGUGCUGUACUCUCGAUGUCCAAAAUUAUUAAUCCUUUCUGGGGUGGACGCCUUGGAAAUACGGUUAAAGUAUUUGGAACAACUCUGACAAGUCACAGGAACAAGACUUUGCUGACUGGAGAAAACAUUCCUCCUCCAGCAAAGUAUGGAGGCAGACACACUGUGACUCUCAUUCCUGGAGAUGGAAUCGGUCCAGAGCUGCUCAAUCAUGUCCGAGAGGUGUUCAGGUUCAGCUGUGUUCCUGUUGACUUUGAGGUGGUGCAUGUCAACUCUGCCCUGGAGACCGAGGAUGAUAUCAAUAAUGCUAUUACUGCUAUCCGCCGUAAUGGAGUUGCUCUCAAAGGUAACAUUGAAACCAAACAUACCAUGGCGCCAUCUGUCAAAUCCAGAAAUAAUCUCCUACGCACAAGCUUGGACCUGUUUGCCAAUGUGAUGCACUGCCAGUCCCUCCCUGGAGUCCAGACUCGCCACAAGAACAUUGACAUCAUGAUCAUUAGGGAGAAUACAGAGGGAGAGUACAGCAGCCUGGAGCACGAGAGUGUGUCAGGGGUCGUGGAGAGCCUCAAAAUCAUCACUAGGAACAACUCCCUCAGGAUCGCUGAGUAUGCUUUCCGACUGGCCAGGGAGAAAGGCCGCCGUAGGGUCACUGCUGUUCACAAGGCCAACAUCAUGAAGCUUGGUGAUGGCCUGUUUCUGGAGUGCUGCAGAGAAGUGGCCUCUGGUUACCCGGACAUCACAUUUGACAGCAUGAUCGUGGACAACACCACCAUGCAGCUGGUGUCCAAGCCCCAGCAGUUUGAUGUGAUGGUGAUGCCCAACCUGUAUGGAAACAUAGUGAGCAACGUGUGUGCAGGCCUGGUGGGAGGGCCUGGCCUCGUGCCCGGGGCUAAUUACGGUCAUGCCUACGCUGUCUUUGAAACGGCCACGAGGAACACAGGGAAGAGCAUCGCUGACAGAAACAUUGCCAACCCCACUGCCAUGCUUCUUGCCAGCUGCAUGAUGCUGGACCACCUUAAGCUUUACGAUCAUGCAAGUUCUAUCCGAAAUGCUGUCCUCACCACCAUGAAUGAAACCCGGUUGCACACAGCUGAUAUCGGGGGUCAGGGCACCACUUUAGAGGUGGUCCAGUCCAUCAUGAGGCUCAUCCAGAGUAAAGGGCAGCUCACGUCUGACCUGUAAACCCAACUCAUCAGAGGUGGGAUUUUGAACAGGUGUCUGUAACUGGGACAGGUGCACAGUAUCCAAGAGGGAUGUCCAUGCAUGUUUGUUUCCAUGGCACCAUGUCCUUUCAAUGACAUCAGAAUGGUUCUGUUUUUUUUCUUAUCCACACAUCUUGCUUAUUCAUUCAAACAGAGACCUUAUAUUCACGUCCACCUUCGCACAUUUCUUACCUGUACCAGACCUUAAAAAAAGUUUACUUUCAGUAAAAUUCAAAUAUCACACACAUUUAGAUUGUUAUCCCACUGUAAGAAUAUAUUUUAUUUCCUGAGUUCAUCCGGUUCAGUCUGUUGAAAUUCCAUUUCUUACCAAUUCUCAUGACAUCCGAGGAGGCCUCUUUCCCAGCAUGUCAAUCAACAAACACGUAUUAGCUUCAGUACUGUUGAAAGUAUCCUGAAAUGGGCAUGCAGAGUCUUUAUUGCGAAUCAUUAUUUAUUUAUUUUAAUUGCAGCUCUGUUACAGCCUUUCAAUGAACCAAAAAUGUUCAAUGUUGAUUUAAUGCCUUUACUUUCUUCUGUCAUACUUUAAAUGUAAUCCUGUAAUGUCUGUCAUAUACUGUAAUACGCCUUGUGUUCACAUCAGAUCAACUGUAUUUUUAAAUGUUAUAUAUUCACUGCAUCAUCAGAAGAGGUAUGCAUCAAACAACUGUCAGAGGUCAACUUUUAUGUUUGUGCCAUUCUUACAUGUUUACUUAAGUUUGAAUCAUAUGAAAGUAUACUGUUGUCUUAACUUAAAAAGGGUUGGCUUUAACAUACCAGUGGAUGGGUUAUAUACUGUAUAACACAUAUAUUAUCAAUACAAAAAACAAUGUACAUUAAAGUGAACUUUAUGGACAAAGCA